AUGAAAUUAUUUCCCAUUUUAAUAAAGAACACUAAGAUUUUGAGAUUGAAUUGUAGGAGUGUUCAGAAUAAUAGUUAUAUAAGUAAAAACAGGAAUAAUUAUUAUUAUCAUUCCAUAAAUUACAAUUAUUUGUUUCAUAUGUUAAAUGAGAAAAAGGACAUAUCUGAAGAAAUAAAAGCGUUACAUUCCUUGCUUGCGAUCUUAUCAAAAUAUAAAUAUAAUAACACAUUAAAUACAUGUAUCAAUAAUAACGAUUUAGUUGUAUUAGAUAGUAGUGAAUGUAAUAUUACACUGGAUAAAUGGAAAAGGUUUAUAAAAAUUUAUUUAAGUUGGUUUCCUGAAAUUAACCAAGACAAGUACAAGUCUAAGUGUUUUUCUUUACCUACAAACUUAACAAUUCAUGUGGUUGUGCCUGAUGGAGAUGCAAAUCUUUGGGGUAUAUUAGAACAGUUUGAUAACUACAAGUUUUCUAAAAUUUUGGGAAAUAUAAACAAAAAGGCGGAAUGGAGUAAGGGGGAACGAAUUGAUGAUGAACUAACGAAUGAUAAAUUAAAGAAAGAUGAGCCAGCGAACGAUGAACGAACAGAUGCUGAACGAACGAACGAUGAACGAUCAAAUGCUGAACGAACGAACGAUGAUCAUAAUCAGAAGACAACUACCUAUGACAAGCGGCAGAAUGGGAAGUCCAUGUGCCCAAGCAACCAACAAAGACGUGCAUAUCUUAACGCAAGAGAUACAACAUUUAUCAUUGGUGAGACAACGACUGACAAAGUCAAUACAGGUAGAGGUAUACAAAUGAUGAUGAGUAAAAUGAAAAAAAAAGAUUGUAAAAAACAAACCUAUGUAACAAGUAACCUACAAGGAAUCAACUCUAAUGAAGACAUAAUAAGCAGUAGUAGAAAAAAUAUAUCAAAAAAAAAAAAAAGAAAAAAAGAGGACAUGGUAAGUAAUUAUGUAAUAAAUUAUUCCAUUAAAAAGGAUGUAAAUGGAGCUUAUAGUAAAAUAGAAGAUAUGAAAAUUUCUCAAAAGAGUAAUAGGGAAAACCCAAAUGAUGAAUAUAAUUUUAGCAAAAAUUAUAGUCCGAACUACAUCUAUGAGUGUAAGAGAGAGCGCAUCUUUUUCUUUACUGUUAACCUGAACGAGCUGAAAAACAAUGAAAAACUGAUUCAAAAGCUAAGUGAGUGCAUGCAUGCAAAUUUUGCAAAUACGGGGGAACAAGAGGAAAAUUCUCAUGAUACUAUUCAGCCGUUCUUAUACGUUAUGUACGAUUACAAAACGCUAGUACACGUAUUUAAAAUUUUAAAUGUUGAACUACCAAUCAUUAGUAACGUAUUUGAUAUUUAUAUUGUAAGCCCACUACUGCAAUUAGUUCAAAGAGGAGAAAAAUUACAAAAUGUGUUUAGUGCAUAUUUAACCGGAAGAAUGCAUGAACAAGUAAAUCAGAAAGUGAAUGACGAAAUAAAUUAUAAAGUGAGUAACGAAUUAAAUGAGAAAGUGCAUGACAGAGUAAACGAAACGACAUAUGCCACGAACGAAUUCACAAGAAGUGUACGACAAUAUUUUUCUUACUUUUCAACAAUGCCUCCAGAAUUUUCGGACGUCCUUUCAGGAAAAUAUGGAAUUUUUGGUUGGGGGAAAUAUCAAAAAAUGAAGGAAGAGAAAAGCAGAAAGGGGAAUAGAGAACGUAGCAAUAAAAGAAGUGAUAAAGUAAGGGUGAAACAGUACACAGAAUGGAGUAACAACAAUAAAUGCAAUGGCGCUAAGGAGGUAGGUGUAGAAGUAGAAGCAGAUAUGGAAGCAGACGUAAAAGCAGAAGUGGAAACAGCCGUAGGAGGAGUUGCAGCUUCAGGUGCAAUCGUAGAAGAAACAGGUAAAACCUCCUCCUUGGUUAAAUGCGCAAAGAAGAAUAAGCCGAGUAAAGAAAAAGAGAAUCGCUUGAGCUUUACGCCAGUGCAUGUGGAAGACUUAAAGAACAUUAAAAAGAUUGCAUUCAGAAAUAAAAGAAGUAUACAAGAUAUAACCAAAGAGGACAUGAUAUGCUAUUGCAUUACACGAAAUUGUUGUCUGAUUGAUAUGUUCAAUUAUUUAAUAAGCAAAUUUGAAGUGAAUAAAAAUUUGUUAAACAUUUAUAUAAAAAUAGAACAAUCGUUAAUACUGUGUAUUAGUGAGAUUGAGAAAAGUGGAAUUUUUUUAAACCAGAGAAAAAUAAUUGAAAUUCAAAAAAAUUCCGAAAAUCCACAGAUAUAUAAAAACGAAAUAGAAGAAUUAUGUGAGUGCAACGUAAACUUGAAUUCGUCUAAGCAGGUUUCUUCGUUAAUAUACAAACAUUUGCUUAAUCUUGUCUCUAAUAGUCAAAGAGUCGGCAUGGAAGAAGUAAUUACAACUGGUGAGCUUGUGCAACGUGAACAAGUGAAAAGUGAAGGAGGUAACGAAUACUACGAUAAUGAAAAUGUAGAUAACGUUGACCAGGAUAGUAAAUCUUUGAGUGAAAGUAAAUCUUUGAGUGAAAGUAAAUCUUUGAGUGAAAGUAAAUUUUUGAGUGAAGGUAAAGCUCUGAAUUCCUCUAAUAAUGAUAAGAAUGAUUUUUACCAUGGGGCUAAGGAAACAUAUAAAAAUAGAAACCCGGUGAACAACGUCAUAAGCAGUGAAUAUGCUAAUCUGAACAGUAGCAUGGUCGGGAAAAUAAAAAUGUCUAGUCUUAAUAAUACGAUAAACGAAAUGAAAAGAAAUAAAACCCUUCAAACAAAUAAUAAAAUGUUGAAACUUAUUGUAGAUGAAAUAGAAAAAAAUAUGUACAUAGAAAAAAAUAAAAAAGAAAAAAUUAAAAAAAUUAUUAAUAAUGUAAAAUUGUAUAGAGAGUCCAAAAAAUUAUUUCAGAAUUAUAUUGAAAAUUUGCCGAAAUAUAUACAAAAAAAUACGAACAAGAUUCACUGCAAUUUCAAUCAGAUAGGUGCAUCAACUGGUAGGUUAUCUUGUGAUCAACCCAACCUGCAGAACAUUCAUUCGAGAUUUCGCUGUGCUAUAUCGUUACAGGGAGAGGGGGGAAUGAGUGGAAACGGGAUAGAUGGACACAUGAUGAGCAAGGAAGAGAGGAGUAGUAACCGGAUGAGCAGGGAUGGAAUAAACGGAGGAACACGUGGACAACUGCACCAGGAAGGUUCCAAAACAUUAAGCGAAAGGCACAAUGCACAUGAAAAUGAAGAAGCAAAUGAAAGAGGAAACCCAUUAACGAUGAACCAUGCACAAAUUUACGAAAAACAAAAUUUGAUUACUUUUGACUAUAAACAAAUGGAAUUGUUUGUUAUGGCUUAUCUAAGUUUUGAUUUGCACCUAUUGAAGCUGCUAAAUUAUAGUGAUGUUUUUGUCGAAACAGCUAAAGUACUAUUCAAUACAAAUGAAGUAACUAGCGAAUUAAGGAGGAUGACAAAAACAGUAAUUUAUGGAAUAUUAUAUGGUCAAACCGAAAAUGGGUUAGCUAAAAGUUUAUUAAUAAGUGAUAAUUUAGCUAGUAACUUAAUUGAUAGUUUUUUUAAUUAUUUUCCCAAUGUAUAUAAAUUUCUGCAAAUGCAAAAGGUAUUAGUUAAAAAUAUGAAUUGCGUUUAUACAUUAAUUGGAAGAAAAAGAGUUAUACCUCCAACUUUAAAAAAUAAAUUUAGAAUUAGUAUGAACACACCAAUUCAAGGAUGUGCAGCAGAUAUUAUGAAAUUUUCUUUAUUAUCUUGUUUUUCUAUUUUAUAUCAUAAUAUUUAUAAAAAUAGAAGGUUAUUAAAAAUUAAUAAUAUUGACCCUUUAUUAAUUACUCAAAAUGAAAAACAUCUAAAAACAGCAAAAUUAAUAUUGCAAGUUCAUGAUGAAUUAUUAUUAGAAACUGAACAGACAUCCAGUAAUUUUAUUAUACAACUAUUAAAACCUGUUUUAGAAAAUUCUUUUUAUAACUUAAUUCAUUAUACUAAUACAACUGAUAGACUAAUGCUACUAUUUGAUUAUAUGCAUGAUAAUAUUUCCAUACAAACAUACAUAGAAAAUUUUAAAAUAAUAAAUAAUCAUAAUUAUAAAAUGACUCCCAGUGAUUCUAAUGUGGAAUUCUAUAAUUCGUCAAAUAAUAUGAACACAGUCUUUCGAAAAUUUAACUUUACCUUACCAGUUAAAGUGGAAACUGGCCGUUACUACAAGCAGUCCUCCUAA